AUGCCAACAGUGCUACUUCCCGCAUUGGCUGCUGCCUUUGCUCCACGAUCUUCGCCAAAUGUCGUGCUGAGUCGCAAAGUUGAGCCCUGGUUGACGGCCACUCUGAAGAGAGUCAACCGAGUCAAGCGACCCUUGAACAACGUCACGCAGCAUACAAGAUGUUUGACGGAGACACUGUCAUCGCCCAAUGCCAUCUGGACCCUGUGUUCCCUGAUGUUCCCCAAGGCCCCUGAUACGGAACUCAAGAGGGAUGAGAACCCUCUUGUCGAAGCCCUAUUCAACCAUCAGAUGAUUCACAUUGAAGCCUACGUCGUGCAUGUCGACAUGGUCUCCCAGAACGAAGUAGCCUUCAAGCUGACCCCCGAGACCAUUGAAGCAUUGGUUGACUUCCACCAUGAUGUCUAUUCCGUGGAUACCGCCGCCAACACCUGGGAGUGGACGGAGAAGAAAGCGCAGUUGAAGAAGUUGCAGGAGGCCUUUGUCCACGCAGCAAACAAGUUCAUCUACCGCACAGAUGUCCGUGCUCUCGAAGGGCUGGAGGAGGAUGGCGCCGGAGAGCUUCUCGGGGGUCGAAGCGAGGAGGCAAAGGCUGCCGUCAUGAAUCUCUUCGUGCCCUUGCUUCCUCCCCCUCCGCCGCCCCCACCGCGGGUGGUGGAUGUGCUGCGUCCGACGGCCGCUCCUUUGCUACCCAGUUCGUCUCUCCCAGAGACGUGGUUGUACGGUCUGGUCCAGAAUCCUGCACCCAUUGAGUCGUGGAAGGUACUCCCAUCCAGUCCGCCAACAGGAAGCACUGGCGAUUCUUAUCCUAACAUGUGGGCCAGCCAUGGUAUCCUGAAUGAAGAGCCGUCUCCUUCCCCGACGCCGUCCUACACUCAACCCUGUCCAACCACGACGACAUCCCACUACAGUCCUCCACAGUACUACAGUACAGUCGUGGCAUCCGCAGCCAUCGCCCCUCUUCCACUGCAGCACAUGCUUGUACAACCUUGCAGUACUGCCGCCAGCAUGACUGGGUUUGGCUGGGGUGAUCGGUACCAGGGCUUUGCAUUGCCAUAUGGGACGAUUAUGUGA